GCACAGCCAGCUCUGCCAUUGCAUGUAUUGGUUGACAUUAUAGACUCAAUUUAAAUAUUGUAAAUUGAAAUCGAAUUUGAAAAUGAGGCCUGGUAGAACUGUGGUGGCAAAUCCAAAUAUCUGUUAACAUUUAAAUUUAUAUAUGUAUGAUAUACAUAUUUUAAUAAUAAUAAUUGAACUAUUAUUACAAUUGGCCAUGAUGCCAUGAAUGUGUUACAGCAAGGAGACAGCAAAUCAAUCUGCAAAAUAAAACACAAACAUUAAUACCAUCUGUUGCAUCUACUUUGACAAAAUAGCAUUAAAACAGUCCAAUUGCAUAUGGUAGUAGCUUUCAUGCAACUUUAAAUAAUCAUCUACCAUUCUCAAAACAGCUACUCAAUCCUUCCAAGUUGCAACUACGUAAUAUUAUAUCACCUCUCAAAUUCUCACCCGAAAACGUGCGCACCACUUUAUAAUCACGUAAUCAUCACCAAAUCUGAGAGUAUAUUCUUUUUUGAGUUCUACUUUGAAGCCACCCUUUAAAUUCUAGUUUUUCCGGGACACAAUUACUUGGAGUUGGAAAAAGGAACCAAACACACACAAAAGCAACAACAAUUUUGUUUUUUUGUUUUUAUUUGGCAAGUGGAAAUGGAUAGUUCUGUGAAUACAGAUUCCGUGGCAGAAGAUGAAAUCAAAACAAGUGGUGCUGAAGGACAAGAAAAUGUGGAAAAUGUGGAGGCGGACGAAAUCAAAACCGGUGGUGAUGAAGGACAAGAAAACGCGAAAAAUGUGGAGGCGGACGAAAUCAAAACCGGUGGUGAUGAAGGAAUAGAAAACGAGGAAAAGGUGGAUGAAGAGGUGGGCCCGGCUUCGAUCGAAUCUUUUGUGGAAGAGUUCAAAAAAGCUGAAGAAUCUGUGGUUGAGAAUGUGACUCAAACUUCAUCUAGUUAUGUUACUCAAGUGGAUAGGGAAAUUAAGAACCUCGUAGCUGAUCCAUGGGGUAUUCUCAAGAAAUUUGUUCCUGAGGAGACAUUGCCCACUUCAGACAAAAGUGUUGGAGAUUCAUCGGAUGCUGCUGCUAAUAAGUCCACGUCAGCAGAGAAAAAUGGAGAAGAAGAUUGUGUGGAUGAAAAUCCAAGAGCCACGCAUGGUCAGCCACUUGCUGCGGUGGCUGCAACAUCGGCAACAUCACCUGCUUCGUGGAUGAAUUGCUGUGGUUUGCUUGAACUUCUGAGACCUUCCGAUAAGUGAUUCUGGCAGAAGGAUAAGACUCCAAGUUGAAGAGAAUUGGUGUCAAGGGUUGAGUUACAUACACAUCAUACAUAUCAUAUAAUAAGGUGCUGCCUCAAGUACACCAUGAUUGUUUGGAUUCUUAAUUAUUUUCCAGUGAAAUUAAUUUCGUUUGCAUUGUAUUCUCAUUUUCACAAGCUGUACUCUCUCACACAAGGUUUUGUUGUAUCAGAUGUAUUUCUUAUUUUCAGAUCUAGUUAUGCAGUUUUUGUGCUUCUUGAUUUUAAUUUUAUCAUUAAUUAUUAAUUUUUAUAUUUUGAGUUA